AUGGACACUUUUUAUAAGACUUUAACGGAAACUGGAAACUUGGAUUUUGAAGAUACGGAUUUUGACGAUGAUAUAUUUGAUACGAUGGAAAAGAAAUAUGACAAUGACAAUGCCCAAGACAUAGGGGCCUCUGUGGAAAUAUUGGGCGCAUAUGAACCAGAACCGAAGAGUGAGCGAACCGGUAUCUCGUGGGUAUCCGACAUGAGGAUGGCUUUGCCGAAGACCGCCGUGCACGUCAAAGCAAUAUCGCCCAACGUUGUCGAGCCGGUCUUAGUGACGGACGUUAACUCACCGUCGGACUUCUUUGUGCAGCUCCAAGCCAAUGCCCAUGUGCUGUCGAUGGUAAAGGAAGAGCUGGCAAAGAACACAAAUACCGAGCACAGCAACGUCGUCAUAGGCCACGAAAAUUGCGAACUUUACUCGGUUUUUGCUUCAAACCAACAGUGGUGUCGGUGUACGAUUAUAAACGCGGUCGAAGAAAACGGACAAAAGUGGCUUACGGUGUAUAGCGUCGAUUAUGGAUUUGUAGAAACUGUACACCGAGACCGGAUUCGAAUAUGUCCCAACCGCUUGAAAACGAUACCGCCGUUGGCGUUCAAAUGUGCCUUGCACGAUGCAAAGCCAAAAGACCAAACCGAGGGGUGGUCCGACGAAGCGUACCGUCUAUUUUGUUCAUUGAAGUUUGCCCAGUCCGGCACAUUUUACUUAUAUCCCGUCGUGGCAAGAGGAGAGCACGUGGAAGUCGACGUAGUUUGGCAUGACCAGUACCCGAUGUCCAUUAGAAGCGCGUUGUUCUUCUUUGGUUACGCCUCGUCCGACGGUUGCUACCAAAACGAUGAUGUGGAAAAAGAAAUAAUGAAAUCGAUGACGUUGCCUAGGGCCUCGCCUUUAGACAAAAACCGCAUGUAUAACGACGUUAUACUUGGCCACACCGUGUCGCCCGGCGAGUUUUAUAUACGACCGGUUUUCCACCCGAGUUCGGCCGCGCUGUACGAAUUAAUGACGCACACGCUUCAAACGGUCUAUCGGGAUACGGAAAAAAGGCAAUUGAUGUUUACCCCGAAGAUCGGUAUGGCAGUGGCGGCCAAACGGUCCGUAGACAACGCGUGGUACAGGGCCGAGAUCGUUGAGGUAUUACAACCCGGCACGGUCACCGUGUUUUACGUUGAUUUUGGCGGCAAGGAAACGCUGUCGUGGCAUCAGCUGCGGAUGCUCGAUUCGAGGCUCAUCGAAAUACCGGCACAAGCGUUUAGAGCUCGGUUGAAGGGACUAGUGCCGGCGCACGACGGAAAACAGUGUAACGAAUGGUCACCGGAAGCAAACGCCGCCCUAGCAGAUAUGGCCGCAGUCGAUUACUCCAACGCCGAAAGUCUGGACGUGUACGUGCACGCCGUGAACAAAGACGGUGUGCUCAGCGUGACAAUGGUAAAAAGUGCGCGAGACGAAGCGUUCAACGUCAACCACAAACUCGGGUCGAUGAGUUGCGCGUUAUUGGCCGAAUGUACGGACGACGAACAAGACGACGAUGGGUUAGAACAGUUGGAUAGCAUCGAAUACAGGCCAGAUCUUGUUAGGUCACCGUCGCCGUACGACCGAAGACAAUCGCAUUGUACUGCGGUCCAAGAUUGGCCGCCCGCCGAACCGUUGUACAAAGAUUUAAUCGAAGCACGCGUCACGCACGUGGACGACCGGUGUGUGAUAUACUUUCACGACGCGCACAGCGACGCCCCGCGAAUUUUGCGAAAGUUGUCUGCCGACUUGGACCGACUGUUGGCUGACAGCGUGCCCGAACCGAUGGACUACACGUGGGCCGACGGUCAAAUGGUAUUGGCCAAAUACCACGUGGACGACUCGUGGUGUCGCGCGACGGUUUUGAGCGGAGACCAAUUGACCGGUGACUACACCGUCCGGUUCGUGGACUAUGGAAAUAUCGAGGUCUGUUCUCACGACGAUCUCAGACACGUUGCCACGUACGAGGCGUUGAACACCGCCGACAGCGGCGGCUGCCGAAUCCAAGACGUGCCCAAGUUGUGCCACGAAGGCUAUUUCCGCGCGGUCGUGCCGAUCGCUGCAAAUAUCGUGUGGCCCGCGUCUGUGUGCAACUUUGUUCGCAAGGAGCUGGUCGAGAUACCGACCAAAAUGACCAUCUCGGGAGACAUUUAUACGGAUCGAGUGUACGCAAUAAUGGACGUCCGCACGGCGUACGCGCCAAAAUUUUUCGAAUAUAUGAUUUCGCUAAAAGAAGCCAACUAUAGAUGCGGGAUAGACAAUAACGAAGACGACAGCCGUUUCGAGGACGGCGGGUUCGACGGAGAUAAACUCGGGUCGAUGGAUUGCGAGUUACUGGCCGAAUGUACGGACGACGAACAAGACGACGACGAGUUAGAACAGUUGGAUAGCUUCGAAUACAGGCCAGAUCUUGAUAGGUCACCGUCGCCGUAUGACCGAGAACAAUCGCACUGUACUGCGGUCCAAGAUUGGCUGCCUGCCGAACCGUUGUACAAAGAUUUAAUCGAAGCACGCGUCACGCACGUGGACGACCGAUGUGCGAUAUACUUUCACGACGCACAGAGCGACGCCCCGCGAAUUUUGCGAAAGUUGUCGGCCGACUUGGACCGGCUGUUGGCCGACAGCGUGCCCGAACCGAUGGACUACACGUGGGCUGACGGUCAAAUGGUAUUGGCCAAAUACCACGCGGACGACUCGUGGUAUCGCGCAACGGUAUUGAGCGCAGACGACCUGACCGGCGACUACACCGUCCGGUUCGUGGACUAUGGAAAUAUCGAGGUCUGUUCUCACGACGAUCUCAGACACGUUGCCACGUACGAGGCGUUAAACACCGCCGGCGACUGCGGCCGAAUCCGAGACGUGCCCAAGUUGUGCCACGAAGGCUACUUCCGCGCGGUCGUGCCGAUCGCUGCAAAUAACGUGUGGCCCGCGUCUGUGUGCAACUUUGUUUGCAAGGAGCUGGUCGAGAUGCCGACUAAAAUGACCAUCUCGGCAGACAUUUAUACGGACCAAGUGUACGCAAUAAUGGACGUCCGCACGGCGUACGCGCCUAAGUUUUUCGAAUACAUGAUUUCGCUAAAAAAAGCCAACUAUAGAUGUGGGAUAGACAAUAACGAAGACGACAGCCGUUUCGAGGACGGCGGGUUCGACGGAGAUAAACUCGGGUUCGCGCAAUUGGAUUUAUCCGCCGCCGUUUCGGCCGAAGGCGUGGUAACGCAAAUUUUGGGCCCGAACAAAGUGUCCGUGGUGGUGAACAAAAUCGACGGCUUUGACGUGGCUUCCGCCAUAGACGACAUGAAUUGGCUGUUGCAGAAAAAGUGCCCGGAUCUCGUUAGGCCGAGGACGGUCACGCCCGGCACUCCGGUCUGUGUGUUCUACAAAUACCUAUGGAGGAGGGCCGUAGUCGUUGCAGUGGAUCCGACUAUCGUAGUGAGUUUAGUAGACUUGGACAUCGCGACCUCGGUGCACAACAUCGAACACGUUAGGUCGUGCCCGCAAGAAUUCUUAGCCAUCCCGGCGUGCGCGAUUAAAUGCCAACUGGCCAACGUGGCGACCAGAAAGGAUUCGGACGAAAAUAAUUUAGCCACGCGAGCCUUGUCGAGGGAGUUGUGCAACUGUCAUCUUAAAAAGCGAAUCGAAACAAAAAUCAAAACCACUAUACAAAUUACAAUUGAAAAGGGCACAGGAGAAAAAUGGUAG